AUGUCCGCCCAGACCCUCUUCCGCACCGGUGCUGCCCUCACCGCCACGGGCAUCUCGUUUGGCGCAUUCGGCGCCCAUGCCCUUCGCGCGCGGUUCCCCGACAUGGCCGACAAGUCGCACGCGUCGUGGAUGACGGGAUCGAGCUACCUGAUCUACAACGGUCUCGCGCUCAUGGCCAUCUCGGCGCACCCGUCCGUUGCCCUCGGCAUGCGCAGGUACAAGACUGCGGCGGGCCUCAUUUUCGGUGGCACGGCGGUGUUCAGUGGAUCCAUCUUUGCCCUCGUCCUCUGGCGCGACCAGGUCGCCAAGGUGCUCGGUCCUAUCACACCCCUGGGCGGCCUGGCCAUGAUUGCUGGAUACAUUGCGCUGGCCCUUUGA